AUGGCAGCUCAUAAGAAGUUAAGUGGUCAUUCUAAGACUCGUAAAGUGAUUUUCAACAUAUCUCAGAGCUUUGAAGUGGUGGAAAUUUUAGGAGAAGGAGCUUACGGUAUUGUCUGCCUGGCGAUUCACAAGCCAACAGGAAUAAAGGUAGCUAUCAAAAAGAUUGAGCCAUUUGAGAAGCCCUUAUUCAGCUUAAGAACUUUAAGGGAAAUUAUGUUGCUUGACAAGUUCAGGAAGCAUGAGAAUAUUAUUUCGUUAUAUGAUGUACAAAAGCCAUUGAACUUCGAGAGCUUCAAUGAAGUAUACUUGAUCCAAGAAUACAUGCCAAGUGAUCUCCACAAGAUAAUUGCUACACAGAGUCUUACUGAUGAUCAUAUACAAUAUUUCAUAUAUCAGAUCUUGAGAGGAUUAAAGUUAAUCCAUAGUGCCAAUGUUAUUCACAGGGAUUUAAAGCCAUCAAAUAUUUUGGUUAAUGGAAACUGCGAUUUGAAAAUAUGUGACUUUGGAUUAGCAAGGCUAGAUACUUCUGCGGAGAAACUUGGAAAAUUGGAUAGGGCUCCAGAAAUUUCUAUGCUUACAGAAUACGUGGCGACGAGAUGGUACAGGGCACCGGAAAUAAUGUUAUCGUCGUCGCAAUAUACGACUUCGAUUGACUUAUGGUCCGUUGGGUGCAUUUUAGCUGAACUUUUCACUUGCUCUCCUUUAUUUCCCGGACGAGAUUACAGGCACCAGCUAAUAUUAAUAUUUCAAUUACUCGGAACCCCAACUGGAUCUGACUUGAGCAGUGUAAAAUCUCAUAGAGCUAGAGACUAUAUCAGAACAUUACCAUUUUAUGAGCCGUUGGAUCUCAAGGCAACAUUUAAUAGCCACCCUAAUAGAAUGAGAAGAUUUAAAGGUGAGGCAAUAAAUCCUUUGGGUUUGGAUUUAUUGGAAAAAUUGUUAGUGUUUGACCCUAAGAAGCGUAUUAGCGUUGAAGAAGCAUUACAUCAUCCUUAUCUAUUGACAUACCACGAUCCUAGCGAUGAGCCUUUUACUAGUCCGAUAUCAUGUGAUGAGUUUGAGUUCGAUAAAAGAAAAGACCAGCUAAAUGUAUUGGAAUUGAAAAGAGUCCUAUACAAUAAAAUCAUGAAUCAUAAAAAUUAG